ACGCGUGAACGUGACCCACUUCGGUGACAAGGCCCAAUGCUUCUUUCCCAUUGCGCCGCAGAACUACUACAUCGUGUUCGCUGAGGUGCGAGCCAGUCAGUUGGUUGCCAAGUAUGAUGACCUGUUCGGAGCGGCUGCUAACUGGUCACAGGAAAGCGAGGAAAGAGUUUGGAGUGGGGUUGGUUGGGAGCCAUGGUCUGACUGGUCUCCCUGCAGCGCCUCUUGUGGUGAGGGCACUCAGGAGCGGAGGAGAUUCUGUCGCCAGAAUGCUAGUUGCCAUGGAUACAACAAAGAGAGAAGACGUUGCAAUAUGUUUUCCUGUCAAGGUGCAGUCUACCCUCUGGAUGUUGAAGACCGCCGCUAUUUCCACCCCUCUUCUCGGGCACAAUGGGAGCGCGUGCCGGGAAGACCAACAGCAUGGAGGCUUCAUCCAUACUCAUACAUGUGGAUACCAUCUUCAGAACUGUUCCCUGCUGUGGGGCACAGCCACACCGGUAGUUUUCCGAGGGAGUUCAGCCUCCUUGUCACACUCAGGCUUCAUCCACAUGAACUUGCCCAAGGGACGGUUUUUAGCCUGCGUUCUCGACGCCAGCAAGACACCUACCUGUCCCUGGAGCUCGCUGGCCCCGACAGCGUGAAGCUCAUUCACGCAGGCCCAAACGGCACACAGACCGUGGACAUCCCAGCGGCCCUAGGGGACGGUGACUGGCACCAGCUGGCUGUAGGGCUCCAUGACGACAGCUCUGUGCGUAGCUACCUGGACUGCGGUUGGGUCAGCACUAACAUCCUGAGGAGGAACACGCUGGACACGCCAGAGGACGCCGAUAUUGUCAUCGGAUACUUGUUCAAGGGUGAUCUAGAGCAGCUGGUGAUUGUGCCCAAUCCGUCCGCUGUGGGCCAGCAGUGCUCCGCAACCCGCAUUCCACUGUUGGACCCGGCGCUGCUGCAGGCAACCCGCAGCGUGACGGCAGGCGGGCCGAGACAGCGCCGAGGACGUAGAAGCAAGGGACGAAAGGGAGUUGACUACCACCACAACGAGCCCGUUGCUCCUUGGAAACUCACGAACAAGUUUGACGAUGUGGAGGAUACGGCAGCCGCUAGCAGAAGGGACUCGGCAUCACAGCUCGAGAAGAAACCGGUGCAUGGCACAAGCACUUUGAAGCAGAAAGACUCUGACAACAGCAGCGACAGCAGCGAUGAAGAUGACUUCUAUGAGGGCAGCGGCUCUGAAGGAAACGCGGUGGGAGAGGGUCAAUAUGAGAUGGAGUGGUCGGACUGGGGUGAAUGUUCUGUGACGUGCGGCACCGGCUCUCAGUCCCGAUAUUCGCGCUGUGUGGACGACGGGAGUCGACUGGAACUGUGCGUGGAGGCUGGCGGGGAGCGUACAGAGACCAGAACCUGCAGUCGGGAGCCUUGUGCCACAAUCAGCACUACUACAGAGGUUUCGGGGAGCACAGAUACCACCCAAUUGCUCCCAGACAUAUUCUACCCGCCCCUCACAAACCACUCUCCCUCCGCCCCUGUCACCGAGAGGAAGCAGCCACAAGAACACAAGCACCGUAAGUUUCACCACAAGAGUGCUGCAGGCAACAACAGUGUGUUAAACGUGUCCGACUGGGGCCUCGGCAAGAUCCACGAGCAAGUGCUGAGCGGAACGCACAAACCGUGUUUCUGUCAGAACGGUGGGAUGUGCCACCUCAAGAGGAAGGCUUGUCACUGCCUGCCCGGAUAUUUCGGUCGUCGCUGCGAGCGUGUAUCGUGCAAACCCGGAUGCAUGAAUGGAGGGCACUGCCGGGAACCCGACAGAUGCGUCUGCCCCCCUGACUACACUGGGCCGCGCUGUCAGAACCCGGUGUGCGAACCGCCGUGUUUGAAUGGCGGUCUGUGUACACGUCCCGGGGUGUGCUCUUGUCCGUCUGGUUUCCUGCAGCCGCGCUGUUCACCUGUGUGUGAGCCACCGUGCCGUUAUGGGGGCCACUGUAUCAAGCCGCAUGCGUGCCAUUGUCCGCCUGGCACCAGUGGAUCCUACUGCCAGAACUUUUCAUGCCGGUUCACAUGUCUGAACGGCGGCACAUGUGUGGGACCUGAUCAGUGCGAAUGCCCUCGCAACGCAACUGGCACUACUUGCGCCGACCCAGUGUGCGAUCCGGCAUGUGAGAACGGGGCGACGUGCAGUUCCGGCAAUAGAUGUCUCUGUGAACCAGGCACCUCUGGAACCAGAUGCGAAAAGAGGAAAUGUGAAUACCGCCCUUACCAAGAGCCCUAUACAAGGGGAUUCCGGCGCCUUGUAAGCAGGCGCUAUGAGACCAAAUGCGACCCAUGGGGCUGGAAGACUUGUGUUCAUUACCAGCCAGAGUACCAGACAGUCUACAAGACAUUCUACCGCACUGUCUACAAGUGUGCGGACAGUCAUCACUAAAAGUGACUCGUUUCAGAAAAAUCCUUGUAAUAAGAGGACUGGAUAUAAUUUCUGCUCAAUGUAGAAGAGAAGGUGCAACCAGCUUCUGUCCAUACCCGAAUGGAAUUGUUAGACAGUGAAGACGACGUUUCUUCAAACAAUUUACAAUCGAUACCAAUCAUUGAUGAUUGCAGUGUUACCAACCACAAAUACUUGAACUACGUGUUCCACGGUGAUGUUCUGUUACACAGCAACGAAACUUAGGGUGAGGACUGAUGCUUCGAAGAUAGAGGAGACAAAGCAUAACUUGGUGGCCAUGGCUCUGUAGCACAGUGCUCCAUCUUACUCACUACGCGUGUUUUAGCUGGGAGAAUACUUAACAGAUUCUGGAUGAUAUAGCCGGUACAGCGUUGAGUGUAAUUUUGUAGAUUGGUACUUUAAUUCCCUUUCCUACAUAAUAUUCAUACAUACGGUGUUCGGAAUUAAUAUUGUCACAUUUUACCAACCAUCGUAUCGCAAAAUUUGACUUAUAUUGACAAGAAUUUGCUAAGUUUCAGCAGUACAAAUUUUGGCACUUAAUUGGAAAAAUGGAAUUAGUGACAAGUAACGUGUGAUUAAAAAAUUAAUUUAAUUCUUACGUUCCUCAUAGAUAUUUGUAAACACUUUGACGAAACUUAAUUAUUAUAAACCUAUAGUUGUACCUCAUUUGAUUCUUCCUAAUAUUCCUUGAGUUUCGCCGCACGGAAUUUUGAUUUCGACUUUCUUCCUGCUUCCGAAAUAUAUAUUUUGAAAUAUAAAUAUCAAAAUAUCUAGGUGCCAGCUUUUUGUUUUACUAGUUCUAAAGAUUUUUUCCGAAAUAAAUCACCGUUAUAGAGAAAAUACAUUGACUGACCUGCGCCCAGAGUGUAUAUGGACUGGACACAAUAUUGUGGUACAUACCAAAGACAGAAUUACUGGUUUUUCAUCAGCUAUGAUGGAAAUUGGGAAUUACUUUCUUAUGUAUGAUAAAUAAAUAAGUGUCUACAUUAAGAGCAGGUCCUGUCAGUUCCUCGAUCAUUACAUCUUGCGAAUUUUGUAUUCGUAGUGUCUCCACCUUUUCAGUCACCGGAGACGAAAAUUCUGUUACACAAACCGGAGCAGCAUGAAUAUUUCCUAUACAUUUAAUUGAUGGUUUUAUACAUAAUACUUAUUAUAUGCUUUAACAGGAAUUUUUAACAAAUUUCAAAGAAUUAUUUCAGAAGGACAAAUCAGAAAAUAUUUUAUACGUCCAAGAGCUCUUUACAGAUAUUAUCUGCCAACAGGCAUGAACUCGAGUCAUGUUAGUCUGAGUUUCUGAUGCAACUGUGACACUGUCUCUCUUAACUGACGCUGUGUGACGGUGUGUAUUGUUUGAGAAUAUCCGAGAUAAUCAAGUAAAUCCAAUCCAAUACGUCUAUACUACAUUCGUACAUUUAACCUCAUUUUAUAAGCGCGCAUGGGACACUCUAUUCACGCCAUUGCAUUGUUAUAAUAGAAUGAUGAAAGGACACAAUUUCUACACGAAAAUCACUCUGAGUUUGAAGAGAUUAGUUAAAUUAGGGAAGCUAAACGAGAGGUAUAUCAUGGAACCAAAAUUUUAUACCUUUUUAGACUAAAAGAUAUUAUCCCCACAUAAUGUAUUUGUUUAAAUUUAUAUUUCUAUUCCUUUCAAACAUUUUAAAUGUGUGUAUUAGUUCAACUGUGAAUGAGAAGUAUCUUUCCAUCCAAAAUGCACCCUACAAAUUAUUCUGCAGACAUUUGCAGAAGUUCACAUAACAAUAUGCCCUUGUUCCUAAGUGAAUAUUUGUUGAUGGUGCCCCACCUCCAAACUUAACCAGGAUAAUUCUUUCAUGCGAUAUUUGUCUAGUGUCAAGACUCAGCCCCAAUAUGCAACCAUGCAGCAAGUGCAUGACGCACUUCUUUAUACGCAACAGCUCGGGGUGAAUUGCUGGAUACACAUGACUCUGUCUCCUGACAUCUGUUGUCUAUGGGUCAGCAAAUGAAAGACACAAGUUUGUAUUCCAAGGAUUGUCUGCAAAACAGGGAGUUUGUUUUUGGAAUUCCAAGUGCCGACCCUUGAUGCACUAAUAAUAAUAUUACUAGUCCAGACGAUAGAAACGUUGGCCUAUGUCUUUUUGGGGUAGAUAUUGAAGGCAAUCCGACUUGCUACUCAAACACGAUCAUGAAAUUGGGCGUGAUACAUUGCUAAGUAGUGCAGAUAAUUGUGGGAGAUAGUAUCCGCUGUCUGAAGAGUGGCAAUAUUCCAUUUCGAGAACUGGCACUGUUAUCCCAUUCAGGUGAGUUCCUGUCAUUAGAGAGAGUCUUUCUUUUGUUUAUAUAUUCGAUACUGGUUCACAGUAACCAGGCAUACCUAUUUAAUAUUCAUAUAAUUUUGUUUGCAUUCCGACUCAUUCAAUUAACAUUCAAAAUAAAAAUAUGUACCGUAUAUA